CUCAGUCUUGAGAACAUUAAGGAAAGGGCUUGGCGCAUGGAGGAGAGAAGAGCAUGCACAGAAAAGCCUGAGAUUUGCACAGUAUCAUGAAAAGGAGGGAACUAAUGUGGAUGUCUUCUUCGUUUAAUGGCUGCUUCUCUAGGAUCCACUUCUUUCUCCUGCUUCAUCUCGUCGUCGUUAAUGAUGUGAGAGCAUCUGUAAAGGAUGAAGUGGAGACAGUAGAAGUUACAGAGGGAACAACUGUAACUCUGAGGACUCAUCUGACUGGAAUAAAGAGUGAUGAUAUGAUACGGUGGACAUUUGGAACUACAGACACUCGUAUAGCACAGCUAGUUAACAGUGGCACUUUGACUGAUUAUGAGGAGAGAUUCGGAGACCGACUGCAGCUGGACACACAGACUGGAUCUCUGACCAUCAGCAACAUUAGAAGCACUGAUUCUGGAGUUUAUAAAGUACAGAUUAUCAGUAAAGAGAUCUCAAGCAAACAUUUCAGUGUCACUGUUUAUGCUACAGUGCCUGUGCCUUCGAUUACACCGAGAUCUUCAGAAAGCCGAACAGACUUGAAGUCAUCAAGUCGAAGAUGUUCUGUGGUGUGUUCUGUGAGGAAUGCAUAUAAGGUGACUCUCUCCUGGCACAACGGGAGUGAUUUACACUCUAUCAGUGAUUCUGGUAACAGCACCCUCUCUCUACCUCUGGAUUUUGAACAUGGUGAUAAUAACACCUACAGCUGUGUGGCAGCCAAUCCUGUCAGCAACCAGACGGUAUACCUCAAUACAACCUGUACACAGUUCUAUUCUUCCAAAGGAGGUUAUCGAUUUGUUUUGUGGCUGAUACCUGUGCUGAUAUUACUGCUGCUGGUAUUAGUUGCUACGUACCUGCUAUGCAGAAAGAAAAAAGUCCCUAAAAACAGACAAGAAGCUGUUAUUCACUGUCAAACAGUUCAGAGUCCCGAAGAAGAAGUAUAUUAUGCUGAAACAAUGUUUAAUGCAAAAACAGUGCAAAAUAUGGUAAGAUACUGUAUGUUGCAAUGUGCACUGCAUCUGUGUGUCUGCCUCACUGCAAUAAUGUUUCCGUUUCAGGAACAUUAUUACUAUCAGCAGUCCUCGCACCACUACAGGAAAAUGAAACACAUGCAAACAAAGGCCUCAACUUCCCAGAGCAUCAUGAGCAGAAGGGAGCGAUUUUGGAUUUAUUCUUCGUUAAGUAACUGCUUCUUCAUGAUUCUCUUCGUUCUUUUGAUCCAUCUCAUCAUCGUUAAUGAUGUGAGAGCGGCUGGACAGGAUAAAGUGGAGACCAUAGAAGUGAAAGAGGGAGUGAACGUAACUCUGAGGACUAAUCUGACUGGAAUAAAGGGUGAUGAUAUUGUACUGUGGUCAUUUGAAGGCACUCGUAUAGCACAACAAAUUAACAAAGACAUUGUCAGGUAUUUUAAAGAGACAUUCAAGACCGGACUGAAGUUGGACAAUCAGACUGGCUCUCUCACCAUCAGCAACAUCAGAACCACUGACUCUGGAGCUUAUGUACAACAGCUCAUCAGUGAAAAGCCGUCAAUCAAGAAAUUCAGUGUCACUGUGUACGCUCCAGUGCCUGUACCCGCCAUUGAAUAUGGGUUUCGACAAAACCAGUCAGGAACCAAAAUACAAUCAAAUCCAAAUUGUUCUAUGGUGUGUUCAGUGAGGAAUGCGCUUAAGGUGACUCUCUCCUGGUUCAGAGGCAGCCAACUACUGUCCAACAUCACCAAUUCCUCUAACAGCUCCCUCUCUCUAACUCUGGAAAUUAAACAUGGUGAUAAUGACACUUACAUCUGUGUGGCAGCCAAUCCCAUCAGCAACCAGACAGCACUAGUCAAGAGAACCUGUACACAGAACUCUUCUACCAUAGGCAAAGCAACACCAUCCCCCCAUGCAGAGAAACGCCCCCAGCACCUGUGGCUGAUACCUGUGCUGCUAGUAUUGUUCAUAGUAUCUGUUGUUAUGUACGUGGUACACGAAAAAUUCUAUAAAGGCAAACAAAAAGGCAUGGCCAAGCAAUGCAGAAAGCUGAAGAAGAAGUACAUUAUGUUGAUAAAAUAUUUUGUGCAAAAGGAGUACAAAAUAUGCGAAAAGAUCAUCAUAACAGUUUCAUAUCCCUCAAUUCCUCAACCUGUAGAUGGAAAUGAAGAGGCUGCAGCUCCUUCAAAGGCCAGUGAGAUGAGAUUUUUACCAGUUAAAAAGAGAAAAAGAAGGAGCAGAUCUGAUGGAGGUCUGCUGUGCUCAGCUGGAGAAGAGGUUGUCAGACUGCAGGAGCUGGAGGGAAACACUGUAACCAUCCAUACUGGAUUAACUGGAGUUCAGAGUGAUGCUCACAUACUGUGGUACUAUAGACCUGAGAGUGUAGAUAUAAAGAUAGUGAACAGUCAGAUCAUUAGAGGAGAGAUUAUCACAGACUAUUACAGUGAGAGAUUCAGAGACAGACUGCAGCUGAACAGAACCAGUGGAUCUUUAACCAUCAGGAACAUCAGCAGAGAAGAUUCUGGAGUUUAUAAAUUAAAUAUCAUUACUGGAGUAUCCUCAGUCUGGAGUUUCAGUGUUGAUGUUUAUACUUCAGUAUUAAAGCCAGUCAUAAGAAAUCAAGCUGAAAAGCGCUCAGUGAGUCUCAGAGAGUCGUGCUCUCCUCUGUGCUCUGUGGAGAACGGGAAGGAUGUGAGUUUGUCCUGGUAUGAAGAGAAAGAGAGAAUCUCCAGCAUCAGCAGCUCAGAUUCCAGUGAACGUCUUUAUCUUCCUCUGAAUAAGACCAACCCAAACAACUCUACUUACACCUGUGUAGCUGCUAAUCCAGUCAGCGCUCAGACAGCCCAGCUCAACAUUACAAACAUCUGCAUUAAGUCAGUCUCAGGUCAGAAGGUUAAGAGAGAUCUCUCCAAAUCACUGGCUGCUGUUCUGACACCUGCUGGACUGAUUGCUGCUCUAUCAAUAUUAAGUGUGUGGUUCUGGAAAAAGAAGUCAAAUCAACAAGUUUAUCAGUAUGUUAAGCUGAGUUAUGCUGAAGUGAAAGGCACGUCUCAGUAUUCAGAUGAGGAUCAUAAGAAAGUUGGUGUUGGAGUGGCAGAAGACCAGCGCACAUUGGUGGUGUAUUCAACUAAAAGGAUGUAACUCUGUAUUUUACCAUUAGUUUAUCUAAUGACUCGUUUCUUUAGAUGCUUUGUGUUGAUUCCUUUGUUCAGUAACUUUUAACAGUGAACUGUUGCUUAGAACAUUUACUCCAUUUCUGUACUGCUGUAUCCAUUUUGUGUUUCUGAAUGUAGUGAAGACUUUGUGAUGCUGUAAAUGAAAGUAAAUGUAAGACCUCUGUCCAACAUGUGUUUGUGUAAAGAUGUGUUCAUUCUGCUUUUACUGAUGUAGGUACUGUAAGAGGUGAAACUGUAGAAGAACCUGCAAAAAGUCGUGAUUGGAGAUUUAUCUACUUAGACUUAUUGGGAACUCUCUUAACUCAAGCACUGACGUCUGCACAUCUUUAUUAUUUCCUUACACCAGCGACGUUAAAGUCAGUUACGACAGACAAAAUCAUGAAAAUAAACAGUGACAUUGAGAACCA